GUUCAACCAAGAAGGAAAGGGAUUGAGGUCAAUGUGAAAAGCACAACAAAGGACCGAUAUCUCGCUUCGCGAGCGAGCUGCCAUGGUGAGCGGAAGGAGGCGCAUAUUGUUCGAGCGGUUGAUAUUGGACCAACUUCGUUUACAACUUAGCCGGUUAAGCUAUUGUCCAUUGACCUAUUUAAUUUGACGUUUGGCUCGUUUACACAUAUUUCUACUCUUUUAUUAGAAAGCUAUAUUUGGUAUUGGGAUUUAACCUGGAAUAUUGACUACGCCUACAUUCCCGCUGUUUAUUCUUGCCAGCAUGAAGACUUGAAGCCUCGCACGGGUACUUUUCCUGCUGUUAUUACAUUACCAAAUUCAAAUGUUGGAUACUUUUGUUUUAAGUUGGAUGUGGAAAAUUGCCUGCCUGCGUACAUGAUGGAUGUGUCACACCUUGGUCUUGAAAAUCAGAGUAUACCCACGCCACCAAUCUCUGGUCGACUCUACUCCCACAGCAUUGACUUUAUAUGAUUCAGAGAGACAUCUCUGGGGAAAAAGGAAAGAAACGACAGUCCUUACUUAAAAAAACAAUAAAAAAAAGACUCCUUUAAGUCUUUCCUGCCCAUUAUAUCAUUUUUGGCUUUUUUCGGUACUGACCCUUUAUGGAUGGAAUAUAACUUCUGACACAUCUGCCCCCCUCUGUGGGUGCAGAAAUGUCCGACAACCUCAGCAAGAUGGUUAAAUUUCUCUCCCCAACGGCGAGGAAUGCCAGCGGCUCCGGCUCGGAUUCCCUGCUUGGCGAUGUCAGGCGGCGGCGCCAGCAGGCGGUGGACUGCGAGCUGCUCCGUGCCUCGGAGCACCGCUUCUUCCGCCGCAGCGUCAUCAGCGACUCCAACACCACCGCCCUAGAGCUGCCCAGCAAGCUGCCCAUCCUCGCCUCCCCUCCCGACAUCAAGCGCGGCCUCCCAGCACCUCCGCCCCCCGCCAACGCUCCCACAGCAGGUACGGGGCCCGUCCAGGUGUCGGUGGGCCUGUGCCCCGUGGUCGCCGAGGAGCAGGGUGCGGAAGCACAGGUGGUGCGUGGGGAGCCCCGGGCCCAGGGAGAUGUCUCGGCCCUGGAGCCGCCCAGGCCCCACUCUCAACUGGGCACCGAUGGAGAGAGGACGCCAGCCGUCUCCCAGGACCCGCCCAGCUCCAGCCAGACCUCGGAACUGGAGUCCGGCUGCAGCAGCAUGGCAGGUCAGGGGGACGAGGACGAGGAUGAGGACGGGAAAGAGGCAACGGAGAAGAGCCGCAGCGAGGCCGAGCAGCGGGAGCUGGAGAAGAAGGCCGCGGACGAGGAGGAGGUGGAGACCAAGGCCGUGGGCACCUCGCUGGACGGCCGAUUCCUCAAGUUUGACAUUGAGAUCGGACGAGGCUCCUUCAAGACCGUCUACAAGGGCCUUGACACGGAGACCACGGUGGAGGUGGCGUGGUGCGAGCUGCAGGAUCGAAAGCUGUCCAAGUCAGAGCGUCAGCGGUUCAAGGAGGAGGCCAGCAUGCUGAAGGGCCUGCAGCACCCCAACAUUGUGCGCUUCUACGACUUCUGGGAGUCGCCCUCCAAGGGGAAGAAGUGCAUCGUCCUGGUUACCGAACUCAUGACCUCCGGCACCCUGAAAACGUACCUGAGAAGGUUUAAGGAGAUGAAGAUCAAGGUGCUGCGCAGCUGGUGUCGUCAGAUCCUGAAGGGCCUUCACUUCCUGCACACACGAGCUCCGCCCAUCAUCCACCGCGACCUCAAGUGUGACAACAUCUUCAUCACCGGGCCCACGGGGUCGGUGAAGAUCGGAGACCUGGGCCUGGCUACACUGAAGAGGGCCUCGUUUGCCAAGAGUGUCAUAGGUACCCCAGAGUUCAUGGCCCCCGAGAUGUAUGAGGAGAAGUAUGACGAGUCUGUGGAUGUCUAUGCCUUUGGGAUGUGCAUGUUGGAGAUGGCUACCUCUGAGUACCCGUACUCCGAGUGCCAGAACGCUGCACAGAUCUAUCGCAGAGUGACCAGCGGCGUGAAACCAGGCAGUUUCGACAAGGUGGCCUUCCCUGAAGUCAAGGAAAUCAUCGAGGGUUGCAUCCGUCAAAAUAAAGAUGAGAGGUAUGCCAUCAAAGACCUACUGAACCACGCCUUCUUCCAGGAGGAGACUGGCGUGCGUGUGGAGCUGGCUGAGGAGGAUGACUGCGAGAUGGUUCUCAUCAAACUGUGGCUUCGCAUCGAAGAUGUCAAGAAGCUGAAGGGGAAGUACAAGGACAACGAGGCCAUCGAGUUCUCUUUUGACCUCCUGAAGGACGUGCCUGAGGACGUGGCGCAAGAAAUGGUGGAUUCUGGGUAUGUGUGCGAUGCGGACCACAAGACCAUGGCCAAGGCCAUCAAGGAUCGUGUGGCCCAGAUCUGCCGCAAGCGUGAGCUGAGGCAACACGUACCUGUACGGGAGGAGCAGGAGAAGAAGGAGGAGGAGACUGGUGGAGAGGCCGCGGACCAGCAGCAGCAGCAGCAGCAGAGGGAUGCCCAGUCUCAGGCACCUACUCCGGGUCAGGCUGUGGCUCCAGCUCAGCCAGCAGCAGGAGGGAUGGCUCCCGCCUCAGUGCAAACAGAGAGUGAGGAGCCAGAGGUGGACCAGCAUCAGCAACAGCACCAGCAGAAUACUGGCCCUGCCUCAGUACCGAUGGAUGCGGCCCAUGGUUCGAUGGUCAUGACUGAGUCCUACCAGCCGGCUAUGUCCCAUGGCUAUCUGCCCCCCCAGCAGCAGGCCCAGUCCACCACAGGGCCUGGCCAGAGCAUCCCUGCUCCCCUCAACCUGCAGCACAACACAGGCCAGCCUGGCAUGAGUCAGGUCCUUGUGCCACACAGCUCCAGCACUAUUCCUGCCCUUCCCACUAACCAGAGUGGAAUAGCACCACCACAGCAGCACCAGUCGCAUCAUGACGAUGCAGCAGCAGCCCAGGGCUCUCACAGCACCCACAGCCACAUCCUGCAAUCAGCACUGCUGCAGCAGACCUCUGGUGUGUUGCAGUCUCUGACAGUGGAGCAGCCCGCUGGACAGCAGCAGCAGCAGCAGCAACAACCAGCACUAACUGCCCCCUCCACUGAGAGCGGUCUCUCUGAAUCCGGGCUGAGUGAUGGCAACGACGGCGGGGGCGGCAGGCACGAGGGCCGCUCCAUGAAGCGACAUCACCGCCGAUCCGUACGGAGCCGCUCUCGCCACGAGAAAAUCCCCAGACCAAAGCUUGACGUGCUCAACAUCUCAAACAUUGGAGACAGAGUAGCUGAAUGCCAGCUGGAGACUCACAACCGUAAAAUGGUGACCUUUAAAUUUGACCUGGAUGGAGACAACCCAGAAGAAAUCGCCCAGAUAAUGGUCCAAAGCGAGUUCAUCCUGGAGAGCGAGAGGGAGUCGUUCAUUGAGCAGGUUCGAGAGGUCAUCGAGAUGGCCGAUGAAAAAGGAGAGGGCUACGCCCAGGUUCUAGAGCAGCAAAUCCCUGAGAUAUCAACACCACAUGGAGCAGGCGAUCCUCCAAGUUUGGCAGCCCAAGUGGUCCAUUCAGCUGGCCGGCGCUUCAUCGUGAGCCCCGUGCCAGAGGCUCGGCUCAGGGAGUCCUUCUUUAACCACGCCAAGUCAAGUGGACAAGACGGAGCACCAGGCCAAAGUUCAGCCGCACCCAGCGGCCUCAGACCUGACCAGGGCACCACUGCAGUAACCCCAGCAGCUCCGGGUAGCAGUGGCUUGGCUCCAAACCCUCCAUCUGGCCAGCAGCAGCAGCACAUCUCUGCUGCUCCUGAUUCCUCCAGCCACAGCAUCCCAGCAGCCUCCACAGGCCCUGCCCCAGUGUCCCCGCCAUCUGCUGGCCACCCACCGUCCCAGACAGGUAGGGCCGCCUCCCCAACAGCGCUCUCUGCUCCUCAAGGCUCAGAGUUUGCUUCUUCACAGCCCUCCAGGACUGCUCCCAGUGCAGCUGUUCCUCCAGUCUCUGCGGAGACUGCUAACAGCGGUGCUACCAGCGUGGGCAGCACAGAACAAGCACCCUCUAUGCCUGCCGGUUCUGCAAUACCACCCACUGCCACUACGGGGCCUCAGCAGGCGGGCGCUGUACAGCAGCAGAACGUCCCCGCUGCCCCUACCCCUGCAGCAGCCUCCAUACCCAGCCAGGGCCAGGGCCAGAACCUGAGCCAGGGGUCUGUGUGUGGGGAGAGCGAGGGGGAGUCCCAGUCCAAGUCUCCGGGCAUUGAGGACAUCCAUGCCCUGGACAAGAAGCUGCGCUCUCUCUUCAUGGACCAGAACUCUGCGCCCAGCGCCUCGUCCAGCCAGGCCGACAACGUCACGUCCGACUCCAUGUCCUCCCCGCCCGGCACAGUCACUUCCUCCCCUCCGGUAGGGGCGGCGUCCAAUCAGGUGCCAGCAGCAGCCUCCAUGCCUGCAGAUCCAGGAGCCUCCAAGAUACUGGUCAGUUAUGGUUACAGGAGGAAAGCUGAAUUGCAAGAUUUGGUUUUCUUGAUUGUGCUUGUGCAUAAUUCCUCUGUGAGUGGUUCCGUCCAAGGUGGACAAUCAGCUGGACCUGGCGACACACAGCCUCCCGCUGCUGCAGGUUUCCAGCUUGGACGGUUUAAGGUGUCCGUGGCAGCAGAAGAGCCCAAAAUAGCCAAACGUGCCGGCUCCUCUUCGUCCGCCACUCCUUCAUCCACCUCUUCCUCGUCCUCCUCUUCCUCCUCCCUGUCCAGCCCUGAGAACACACUACACAAGUCCCAGUGCCUGCCCAAGCCGGACGUCAGAGCAGCAGCAGCAGCAGCAGCAGGCACCCAGCAGCAGCAGCAGCAGCCUGCCGCCACCACCAUCGGCCGCUUCCAGGUCAUGGUCAGCGCUGACGGCAAAGUGGGCCAGGCCGCUGCGGAGCAGAGCUCAUCCCACAACAGCACAGCGCACCACGCAGCAGGAGGACCAGGCCCGGCCCAUGCCAACCUAGACGGCAAGGGCUCCGCUAACCAGCCGGCCAACCAGCCAGCCACCAACAACUCCAACUAUUACAUCAGCAGCGACAAUGACUCUGAGCCUGAGGACGAGGCCUUCAAGAGGGAGAUCACCCAGCUCAGGGAGAGACACAUGGUGGAGAGCCAUGCCUUACACCUGAAGCAGAAGGAGGAGAUUGAUGCCUUGUUUACGAAGCUGGGCAAAGCCCCGCCCGCCACGGUGGCCCCGCCCACAGUCAACAUGUCCGGCGGCCGCCGCAGGACCCCCAAGGGCAAGAGCAGCAAGGCUGGCAAAGGCAGCAACUCUCACGACGGCCCUCCACACACAGGUAAGAAAGUCACAGCACAAAGUGGGCAGCCUGCUUCAGCACUAACAGCUGGAGGAGCACACAGCAAUGCUACCACAAACUGUGGGACCAGCCACAACACGGCCCAACACGGAACCACCACUAAUGGAACAGGAAACGGGUCCAGCCAUGCCCACAGCCAGAGCCUCACCCAGGGCCCGACCCCAGCGUCCCAGAGGGCAAAGGGCUGCUUCACCGACGACCUUCACAAGCUGGUGGACAACUGGGCACGAGACGCCAUCAACCUUGCCCAGGUCAAGAAGGUGCCCAAGCCCAACGCCAAUGAACAUGCCAUGUCGCGGAAGUUCUCGGCCCCGGGCCAGCUCUGCUCCCUGGGGGGUCCCGUUCCCGCUCCCAUCGUCAUUCCGCCGGGCACGCGAAAAGGCUCCCUGUGUCUGGCGCCGCAGCAAAGCUUCCCCUACCCCUGUGUCCCGUACGCCAACGCGGGCGCCCAGCAGUGGACCGGCGCGGCCGGCGCGCCACAGGUCAGCCUGAUGGGUACGCUACAGCCCAGCGCCGCCUCCAUCCCCCUGCAGCAGCAGACGCAGCCCGGCUACCACAUGGCCUCCAGCCACAAGGCAAAAGCUGGAGCCAGCAGCAAUGCUGGAAGAACUAGCCAGGCCAGCUAAACCCAGAGACAGAGAUGGACAGACAGACAGAUGGACGGAUGAAUGGAUAGAAUUUGCAAGCGAUGAUGGGAGUGUCAUCAGGGUCGUAUACAGGGCCCUAGCACUUGUAUGUAUAAGCACCGAUGGAGCAUGAGUGGAGACAAAAAUGGGACAAACAGGUUGGAGGAAUGUUUUUGGAGGUUGUAACUCAUGAGCUGUAUUGUUUGUGGCCGGUGGAGCAUGUAGGGGAAGAAUAUUUUUAAACAACUGACAACACGUUUUUGAAAAAUAACUGUCAAAUCUCAACUCGUACUCAAAGCACAGGGUAUCCUUUCGCUGUCAUCCGGACAAUUUGUUGUGUGGGGGAAGAAAAAGCUACUUUUACGUUUACUUAACUUAACAGAUUUCAUAUUUAUUCUUUUUUGAAUAUAUACCAUCCAUCAUCAUUCAAUACAUAUAGACACAUUGAAGAAGUCCUCUUUUGGGAGUGUAGUUCGCAGGCAUGUGUUUAAGGGUGGGUGAGUGAGUGUUUUUUUUUUUUGACAGCAGAUGAGAUGAAGACGGUGGUAAUUGAGGUGAAAGUAUGCGUAAUUAGAAAGCUGCUGCUGCUGCUGGGUACAUGCAUGUCACAUGUGCACCGUCAGGGGCCCUACUGUAUAAGGGAACUCGAGAGAAACCAAAAUGCAGAAAUAUUAACAAGCUGGGAAAACCCCUAGUUGGUUCACACUGUGGAGGGCAUUUUACAUUUAAUUUCUGUAUUUCUAUCAUUCUUUAUCAUGGAACACAUUAGGGGACCUCUUUGUUUACCUAGAAGUACUUCUAUGGCGUCACUUUAUACUGACAUGUUAUAAACCACAUAGAUAAUAAUAAAUAUAAAUAUAUAUAUGUGCAAUUUGGGGGAGGCCGUGAGACCAAGGGCCUUUAAAAGCAUUCUGACCACAGCUGUCCAUUUUUAUUAUGUGUGUGUAUAUAUAUACAGUAUAUAUAUUUGAACAUAUUUUUCAUUAUUGAGGUGGUGUGGCAUCUUAUUCACACCGGUUAACCCCUCCCAAAAACACACUUUUUGCUUGCUGAUUGAAUUCAUCAUAUUCAUCGGGUAACACUGACAUCGGAUACUUGAUCAGAGUACUGUUUGUGCUGAUUCUAGACCACUGACUUGCUUUGGCCUUACAGGCUGAGCAGAUCAUAAUGGGGUGCCUUGAAACAAAUAAACAAAACAAAAAAACGCUUGUGAAAGCAUUGUCCAAUCAGACUGCUUUUUGAGUAACCACCCUUAAAGCACAGGCAGAUGCUGUAUAUUCCCUAUAGCUGUUCUCUGAAGCAAUACUUGUAAUUUAUGUACGAACUAUAGCCAUACUGUCAAGUACACAUUCCCUUCAACUAAGUAUUGUAUCACAAACUGUAUGGGUAUGUAACUUAAAACGCACACCACACA